AUGAUUCAUAAACAUGCCUUUGAAGCAUUGGAUAGAACCUUAAAAGAUAUAUUGAUGCCUGAAUGUUCAAAUAGCGAAGCUUUACCAUUUGGAAGAAAGGUAAUUGUAUUUGGUGGUGACUUUAGACAAAUUCUUCCUGUUGUUCCUAAUGGUUCUAGACAAGAUAUCGUCAACGCUUCAUUGAAUUCAUCAUAUAUAUGGAACAAAUGCAAGUUACUAACGCUAACAAAAAACAUGAGGCUCACAGUUGGCAUGAAUCAUGGUGAUAUUGAGAAGACAAAAGAUUUUGCUAAAUGGAUUUUGGAUAUUGGCGAGGGAAAAGUUGGUGGUCGCAACGACGGCGAAGCUGUUAUUGAUAUACCUGAAGAACUGUUGAUUACUGAUUCCACUAACCCUAUGGUUAGUCUGAUCAACUUUGUGUAUCCUCCGAUACUUGAAUCUUUCAAUGAUCCAAAUUAUUUUCAACAAAGAGCGAUACUUGCUCCUAAGAACGACGUUGUUCACGAGAUAAAUGAUACCUUAUUAGCAAUGAUCAACUUUGUGUAUCCUUCGAUACUUGAAUCUUUCAAUGAUCCAAAUUAUUUUCAACAAAGAGCGAUACUUGCUCCUAAGAACGACGUUGUUCACGAGAUAAAUGAUAUCUUAUUAGCAAUGUUUCCUGGUGAUCAAAAAGAGUAUCUAAGUUCUGAUUCUAUCUGCCAAUCGGUGAAUGUAACUGACCAUAUUCGACACGAUGUUUACCCCCCGACAUUCUAA